CUGUGGUACGGAUUCGGCAGGCACUCUUCGCGCGACGGUGGCUGUUAUGCCCGGAAAGAAUAACACCAUCAUCGGGACAAUACGCGUAAUGCUAGGUGGGAUUAACCAUUCUGACAACCAGCAGUGGUACACUUCCCUUGAGCUGGCAUCAACUUCUUCUUUUGAGAUUCGCAGCGCAUAACAUGACGGCCACAAUCCAAAACAAUGUCUCCCUUGAUCCAUCGCUGCUGUUCGAAAGAAAUUCAGACAUCCCAUCGACCAGCGAGGAGUUGCGGGCUGCCAUAGCCGCUUUGAAAGCCUCCACCCGCGCCACUGAAUGUCGGACGCGGGUCCUCAACCGUCAAAGCACUCUGGCUGAUCGCCUGAAACCCCUCAGUAACAGCUCUCGCGAUUUUAGGAAUGGCAACGGGCGCUACUUCGCUCAGAAGGAGAUUGCGGAGGUGCAACACGUCAAGUUCACGAAUGAACAGCUACAGGAGGAUGUGAGGACGGCACUUCACGCCGAAGUCGAAAGCGCUGCCAAGUCUGCGAGGUCCGUUCAGGCCAUCGCUAUCGAAGCUCUGAACUCCGAUGAUCGUGCUCUGGCUAAACUCAACGAUAUCUCAGCCAGUAAGCCUCGAAACACCCUUGAUAUCGUUUCACUCCGAGCCAAGGCGAGCAAGCUGACCACGGCGCUGCUCCAUUUUCGGAGCCAAUCCAUGAAAGAUCGACUUGAUCGUGUUUACCUAGAAAGUCUCGAUAAUUUUGACGCUGCGAAAUCCUCGGUGGACACAUCUGGUGCCGUUUUCAAGGACGCUAAGAGUGACCUCGGAUCAUUAUAUGCAGAAAUUGACAACGUCAUCUCCAUGGUCAUGUCUCAAGAAUACGUUAAUUCGAUUGAGGUGGCUCUUCUGAAAGUGCAACGGCUUAGAGAGCGAGAGGAACAAGCACGGAAUGAACGGAUCCAUGACAAGCUCGAAUCUCUCACCGCAGUCCUCGAGAACUUGUCCGACGGGCUCGAGAAUUUGCAGUCACAAAGAAUUAUGCUGCAUAAUUUGCCCUAUGAGUUCGACAGCACAAUCUCGAGCGCCAGCACCCGCCCUAAAUUGACAUCAGAAGUAUCGCAGUCAUGCAAUCUUGAUACGCAUCCUGCUCUUUUGGCACUCAUGCAGCACAUUGGACUCUCCGAGGCAGAACCUAGCAAUCUAGACGGUGCAAUCAAACAACUGGUAUCUGAGCUCUCGCAGCAAGCAGACAGCAACGUGCUCCAAACACUUCAGUUCUCCCAAGAAGCCCCGAGAUCGGCACGAGCGGCGCUACAGAAUGUCUCGAACGCCCUCACUGCAUCAACUAUACGCGACUCAGAUGUGGACGACCUGGAACUCAGAAUAGCAGCAGCCCGGACCCAGCUAGAUGGAUUGUCUCCUCCUGCACCUUGAAUGUGCUCCAUUUGUUGACCAGAGGGCGAUCGUCGUGCUAUGAAACACCCAAUGUAAUUCGAAUUGCUAAGCCGGACAUGUCUCACGACGAUCAGGGACCAAGACAACACCGAACGAGCUAGAAGAAUGGCAACGAACAGGAGAUACGGAGAUAUCACUUACACAACCAGCCCGAACAGAAGGUAACCCCUGGUCCUACUUCUUGCCAUACGCAUCAUCAAUCGCCUUGUCCCGUCCAUACUCCUUGAUACUCCUCUCGACCUUAUCCACACCACUCGCAUCCCUUGCCAACUUCUCCGCCACACUACUCGGCAAAAAGUUCGACGCGAACCAGACCGUCCACGCGAACGCGCCGACCCAAAUCGUAUUCGGCGGCUCUUUCUUCUCCAAACUCGCGACAACCUUCUUCGCCCACACUUCGGAAUCGAUGGCCUGGUCCUCGAACGGCGAUCCAGUGUACAGCUCGUUCAGCCAUGCCCGCGCCGCGUAGUACAAUGACUUGUCCGGAACCCCGGCAGUCCCGUUGGCCUUGUUGGCGCCGAUAUUGCUCUUUGUACUCCCCGACUUGAGGUCGAUAACGCGCACGCCGAACGGGCGCAGCUCGUUGCGUAAGGAGACCGUCAACGUGGCCAUAGCGGCCUUGGACGCGCCGUAGAGUGCGACGAACGGCGGGGCCAUCACGGACGAGACAGAAGUGUGGUUGACGAUCACGGCACCGCCGGGGCGUUGGGAGCGCAAGAGUAGGGGAAGAAAUGCCUGGAUCAUGGCCAAUCCGGACCAGACGUUCAGAUCAAAGAGAGCCCUGGCAUCGCUGAGGGAUGUGUCGACCAAGGCGCCGAAGUAGCCGGCGCCAGCAUUAUUGACGAGCAUGUCCAGAGUUCCAUCAGUGAGGGCGCGGACCUCAGAGGCGCAUGCUUCGAUAGACGGCGUGGAGAGCACGUCCAGAGACAGAGUCUCGAUUUCAACGGCUUUGACGUCGGAGAGUUUAGAGAGGUUGCGGGCGGUUGCGAAGACGCGGAAAUGACCUGUCUUGUGGAGGGCAAGGGCGAGGGUUGAACCAAGGCCGCCAUCGGAACAGCCUGUGAUCAAAACGGUUGUUUUGGCCAUUGGGUGAUCUGGUCGCGAUUGGUGGGGCAAGUUUCUACGAAAUUGUCGUUGAAUCUUCUUGGAUUAUCGACCUCUGCUGUCGUUCGUGCGGGCUCUGUUUCACUGGAGAGAAGAAGACGUGCUGUGCUGCCUUUCGCUUCACAGAGACCAGACUUAUAGGCCACGAGUGAGGCACUUUUCCUAGCGCAGCACAUCGUUUGCCGUCAAAACUGAGGGUCGUCUACCGUCCCGUAGCGACUAAAGCGAUACUGUGCCGUGGCGACGUGCACUGCAGACCUUGAGAGAGCCUGAUCAGUCAGCAGGCCGGACGAAUGGCUAUCCCGGGCCAUUAUCAUGCUUCUGGACGAGUGCAGGAAUUGAGAUGCUGAUGGAAACGAUUUACCACGAUAGGCACUCUUUCUGGAUCAAGCGGCGUGUCAGUCGCUCCGUCCCAACAGGAUGGGCAUGUUUAUUGUUAAG